CCUUUUGUCCUCGCAUCACUUUUUAAGCAGAUUAUAACACGCGGCUACAAACAUCCACGCCACUCAACAACACAUUUAUUCAAUCAUUAGUCGGGGACUUUUUUGUUGUUGUUGUUGCUGCUGUGUGGCGGAGCGCGCACGGAGGAGGAAGACCGGAGAUGAGCGAGAGUCUGACGUCCGCAACAACUCGCGGAGCUCUUCUGCAAGUCCUCGGACCGCAGCUGCCCGUCACGAUGGACUGCCCAUGGACGGUCCGAGGCGAGGUCCCGGUCUAGAUCCUGUGGGCGUGGCCCCUGAGCAGCCUGAUGGACGGCCGUGUUGUUCUGGGCGAGCGGACGUGGACUCGGCACUGGGACUAGAACCUGUGCACAAACCAUGGAACCCUUAUGGUUUGUCCUCGGACUGAGCGCACGCUUGUGAGGCCGCUUUAGCCCCUCCUCUUUUCGUCCCCUGGCCCCGCCCCCAACGCCCCGCCCCAUGUCACAUCUUUCCCAAGAAUGAUGGAAAUGUUGUGGAGGACGCUGACUUGGACUUUGAGCCUGCUGGUCAUGGCCGCCUCCCACUUCCACUUCCAGACCCUCGACCCUCUCUCACGCCACUCCCAAGAGGAGUUCCUGUCCUACCUGCAGCACUACCAGCUGACCGUGCCGGUCCGGGUAGACCAGAACGGAGAGUUCCUGAGCUACACUGUCAAGCACCACCGGCCCGGCAGACGGCGGCGCGGCGCGGCGGACCCCCCCGCCCCCGCCCCGGGCCCGGAGCCGCCCGAGGCCCCGGAGUCCCGGCUCUUCUACCGACUGAGCGCCUACGGCAAGCACUUCCACCUGAACCUGACCCUCACCCCCCACCUGGUCUCCAAGCACUUCACGGUGGAGUACUGGGGCCGGCGCGGGCUGGAGUGGCGCCACAAAACGCUGGACAACUGCCACUACGUGGGCUUCCUGCGGGACCGGCGCCGCACCAGCCGGGUGGCGCUCAGCAACUGCAACGGCUUGCAUGGCGUCAUCACGACGGAGGAAGAACAAUAUUUAAUCGAGCCCUUGAAGAACUUCAAGAACAUGAAGAACGUGUCGUCCAGCAGCCACUGGAGCCUGGAAGAAGCCCAGCAGCAUGUUAUUUAUAAAGUGUCCGCCAUCGCAUCCUCGCAGGAGCACAGUCAGGAGUCCAGCUGCGGCAUUUCAGACCUGAUCAGACCCGAGGCCCCCCCCCCAGAGCGUAACAGCACACACCGAAGCAGGCGCUCCGUGAGCAGCGAGCGCUUCGUGGAGACGCUGGUGGUGGCGGACAAGAUGAUGGUGGGCUACCACGGCCGCAAAGACAUCGAGCACUACAUCCUGUCUGUCAUGAACAUUGUUGCCAAACUUUACCGCGAUGCCAGUCUCGGAAAUGUUGUCAACAUCAUCGUGACUCGCCUCAUCGUUCUCACGGAAGAUCAGCCCAACCUGGAGAUCAACCACCAUGCCGACAAGUCCCUGGACAGCUUCUGCAAAUGGCAGAAGUCCAUCUUGUCCCAUCACAGCGACGGCAACAGCAUCCCCGAGAACGGCAUGGCUCACCACGACAACGCCGUGCUCAUCACACGGUACGACAUCUGCACCUACAAGAACAAGCCCUGUGGAACCUUAGGCUUGGCCUCCGUGGCGGGAAUGUGCGAGCCGGAGCGGAGUUGCAGCAUCAACGAAGACAUAGGCCUGGGUUCUGCCUUCACCAUCGCACACGAGAUCGGCCACAACUUCGGCAUGAACCACGACGGCAUCGGGAACUCGUGCGGCACCAAAGGUCACGAGACGGCCAAGCUGAUGGCGGCACACAUCACCGCCAACACCAACCCUUUCUCCUGGUCCGCCUGCAGCAAGGACUACAUCACCAGCUUCCUCGACUCAGGUCGGGGGACGUGUCUGGACAAUGAACCUCUGAAACGAGACUUCCUGUACCCAACAGUGGCUCCGGGGCAGGUGUACGACGCCGACGAGCAGUGCCGCUUCCAGUACGGAGCCUCCUCGCGACAGUGCAAGUACGGGGAAGUGUGUAGAGAGCUCUGGUGCCUUAGCAAAAGCAACCGCUGUGUCACCAACAGUAUCCCCGCCGCCGAGGGAACCCUGUGCCAGACCGGCAGCAUCGAGAAAGGGUGGUGCUUCCAGGGCGAGUGUGUGUCGUUCGGCACCUGGCCCCAGAGCGUGGACGGCGGCUGGGGCCCCUGGUCCUCCUGGGGGGAGUGCAGCAGGACGUGCGGCGGCGGCGUCUCCUCCUCCGCCAGGCACUGUGACAGCCCAGCGCCUUCUGGAGGAGGGAAGUACUGCCUCGGGGAGAGGAAGCGCUACCGAUCCUGUCACACCACCGCCUGUGCGUCGGGAUCGCGCGACUUCCGAGAGAAGCAGUGCGGCGACUUCGACAGCAUGCCUUUCCGUGGGAAGUACUACAACUGGAAGCCUUACACCGGCGGCGGCGUCAAAGCGUGUGCCCUCAACUGCCUGGCCGAGGGCUACAACUUCUACACCGAGCGCACGCCGGCCGUGGUGGACGGCACUCGCUGUCAGGCCGACUCCCUGGACAUAUGCAUCAACGGCGAGUGUAAGCACGUGGGCUGUGACAACGUCCUGGCGUCCGACGCCAAGGAGGACCGGUGUCGGGUGUGCGGUGGUGACGGCAGCACCUGCGAGGCCACCGAGGGAUUCUUCAACGAGUCUCUGCCUCGAGGAGGCUACAUGGAGGUGGUCCACAUCCCCAAAGGUUCCGUCCACAUCGAGGUCCGAGAGGUCACCGUCUCCAAGAAUUACAUCGCUCUGAAGUCCGAAGAGGACGAUUAUUACAUCAACGGCGCUUGGACCAUCGACUGGCCGAGGAAGUUCGACGUCGCCGGCACCGCCUUCCACUACAGGAGGCCCUCGGACGAGCCCGAGUACUUGGAGGCUCUCGGGGCCACCACAGAGAACCUGGUUGUCAUGAUCCUCCUCCAGGAACAGAACCAGGGCAUCCACUACAAGUUCAACGUUCCCAUCCAGCGUACGGGCAGUGGCGACAACGAGGUGGGCUUCUCCUGGUUCCACCUGCCCUGGUCCCAGUGCUCUACCACGUGUGCCGGAGGCUCCCAGAAGCAGGAGGUGGUGUGCAAGAGGCUGGACGACAACUCCCUGGUCCAGAACAGCUACUGCGACCCGGAAGGAAAACCUCCAGAGAACCAGCGCGACUGCAACGCUGAGCCGUGUACUCCAGAGUGGUUUAUCGGCGACUGGUCGGAGUGCGCCAAGACGUGCGACGGCGGCACACGGACCAGGACGGUCCUCUGCAUCAGGAAGAUGGGCCCCGCAGAGGAGGAGACCCUGGAGGACACCCACUGCCUGACCCACAGACCCAUGGAACAGGAAGCGUGCAACAACCAGUCCUGUCCGCCCAAGUGGGUCACUCUGGACUGGUCCGAGUGCACGCCCAAGUGCGGGCCGGGCUUCAAGCACCGCAUCGCCUUGUGCAAGAGCAGCAACCUGACCAAGACCUUCCCCCCCGCCCACUGUCCCAGCCACAACAAGCCGCCGGUUCGAAUCCGCUGCAGCCUGGGCCGCUGUCCUCCUCCGCGCUGGAUCCCUGGCGAAUGGGGACAGUGCUCGGCGCAGUGCGGCCUGGGCCAGCAGGUGAGGACGGUGCAGUGUCUGUCCUACACGGGCCAGACCUCCAGCGAGUGUGCCGAGACCCUGCGACCCGCCGCCAUGCAGCAGUGCGAGAGCAAGUGCGACGCCACGCCCGUCUCCAACGGCGACGAGUGCAAAGAUGUCAACAAGGUGGCUUAUUGCCCGCUGGUGCUGAAGUUCAAGUUCUGCAGUCGGGCUUACUUCCGGCAGAUGUGCUGCAAGACCUGCCAGGGCCACUGAGUCCGACUAGACCUGCCGGGGCCACUGAGUCCGACUAGACCUGCCGGGGCCACUGAGUCCGACUAGACCUGCCGGGGCCACUGAGUCCGACUAGACGGCGAGCUCCUCCGCCGACCCGUGGCGGAGGCGCCCCAGGAAGCCAAGCCACUGCUCAGCCGCCGCGCUGACAUGCAAGUUCACUUCUGUGAAGUGGAGCUCGGAGGAGGACGGGUUGGUGAAGUUAUUUUAUUAUAAUAAUAAUAAUAAUUCCUCAUCUCCGACUUUGAUCAAAUCCAAAGUGCUGGACACACUUUGCCCGCAGAGGCCACGCCCAAGCCCCGCCCCCCCCUCUGCGAGCGCUGUCGCCGGGCAGACUCUUAGUGUAAAUAGAGAGCGAGCCCACGGGUCUGUGUACUGUAUAUUUAUUGUACGUCACUUAGUAGCUACUGUCCAAGUCACCUGCUUGUGGGAGGGGCCACGUCAAGGUGCCUUUUCGUCAACUCGUGAGGAGUUCACUGAUUGGCCUUUAAAAACAACAUUUCUGAAGGCGCGUUUACACUUGAAAUGAACUCCACCCUUCAAAGACUCACUCGUACUUUAUUGUUGCCAUUCAGUUCAUUUGAAGAAUGGGGAAUUCCCCCACAGGAAGUUGAAUUGGAAUGACAGGAAGUGGCAAUUAGGAAAAAUAAAUACCUUCGAGCAAAGUUCAAGAAAUAAUUUGUCAGGUUCGACAAAGAUUUCAGCUUAAAUACCGGAAAAAAAAAAAAACUAAA